UUUAAUUCGAGAAAAGUUUUGAUACUGUCUUUUAUACAAACCUCAACCGGUGUAAUUUUAAGGACAAUUGAUAUUUUUGAGAAAAAAAUCAAUAUUAUUUUGUUGCAUUUAAGUAAAGGGUUAUGCUAUUAAAGUAGAUACUCUUUCAUAGUUAUACUUUUUGCGGUAGCCUUGAAGAGGAUUGAGGAAAUAAGUAUUCAAUAUAGUUUUAAUUGUCGGUAAGAACCUGCAAUUGAAGAGGAAUUAAGACUUGAAUCCUGAUAUAUAAUUUUAAUUGUCGGUAAGAACCUGCAAUUGAAGAGGAAUUAAGACUUGAAUCCUGAUGGUUCAAACAUGGCCGUAUUAUGUCUGCUGUGUAUUAUUGCGUCGCAACUGACGGUUGUGUUUUCCAGUGCAGGUAAUUUAUGGACGUACAAAGGUUCACUAGGCCCGGACCACUGGCACCUGGACUACCCCCACUGUGGCGGUAUUAGACAGUCCCCCAUCGACCUGCAGACCCGAAAUGUGGUCGUGGACCCAACCUACCUCUCUCCAAUUGAAUUCUCCGGCUAUGACCGAGUCUCCAACCUGUACUAUACGCUCGAGAACAACGGCCAUACCGUGCAGGUUAGUCUGAACGACAAGACGAUGGAGAUUUCCGGUGGCGGUCUAGGGGCCACGUACAUCGCCGAGCAGUUUCACUUCCACUGGGGGGCCACUGACGAGCGGGGAUCCGAACACUCACUAAACGGCAAAAACUUCCCCAUGGAGAUGCACAUUGUUCACUACAACAAGAAGUACGCUAAUUUCUCCUCCUCUAUUGACAAAACGGAUGGUCUCGCAGUGCUUGGAUUCUUCUUUGAGGUUGGCCGAUUCAACGUACAUUUCCAAGAAAUCAUCAAUCAUUUUGGUGACAUUCAGUACAAAAAUGAGCAUGUCAAUAUCAACUCCAUCCCCAUGAUAGAACUGAUACCUGCCCGUCUCACCAACUACUACCGCUACCUCGGUAGUCUGACCACGCCCCCUUGCUAUGAAAGUGUCAUAUGGACCAUUUUCCAUGAAACCAUUGAGAUAGCAGAGGAGCAGUUGUUAGAAUUCCGCACAACCAUCUUCGAAAAUAACAAAACCGACGGCGGCGUUUCAAUUGACAUAUCCGACGAUUACCGACCCGUCCAGUGCAUGUUUCGACGCCGACUGUAUGCCAGCCAUCCAUCCCUGAAAUACGAGGCGGCGGUCGAGGAAACAGGAAACGGAAGUAGCGGUGUCUCAAAUGGACCGCACCGUAUAAGCCUCUUUUUUACGUAUUCAGCUUGCACAUGGUUUUACUACUAUUAUUGUUCUCUAUAAACAUGUAAAGUGUUAAUUGGAUAUUUUUCGCGUCUCUUUCUGUUCAUUGAAAUUGUUUUACCUCAGUAGUUUACUAAUUAUUUUCUAACAACAAUAUAUAGAAAGUACCGUGUGAUAUAGAGAAUAACUCAUAUAGUGUAUCAGGCAGCUGUAUGUCAGUUAUAUAUCAGUGUAGCGGUAUAAUAUAAAGAAAAACGUAAUUAUAAUAUUAGAACGUUUAAGUUAAGACAUUUCCAUUGUAAACUUUUAAAAGAUGCCAGCAAAGCUGUGCAGUAUGAGAACAAGCAGUCGCGUAGAUUUAUCCAAUACGCUCCUGCGUGCUUUAACGUGAAAUAAAUAUAAUCAGCCACAUAUUUAUCAACAUACCCGUACGUAAAGUAUCUUUGACAAGCCCAACAUUUGGGCGCUCCUGUUAUGUUGUGUCUAUUUGCCAACCAUAAAUAUAUGUAAACAAUCAUUAAUGAAUAUUCUAACAAAGUCAGAUGUGUAAAAAUGUUAAGGUGUAAAUAUGAUAAAUACUUAACUUGUGCAUGCAUAUGAAUGUAUACCCCAUUCUAUCAUACAAACAUAAAACUAUUUAUUAUAUGUUUUUGUAUUUGUAAUCAUUCGUUCAGGUUUAUUACAAAUUACAGACUUUUAACAAAUUAAUAAUGGUUAAAAAUACUUUUCCCAUAUUAUUAAAUGUAUAAAAUAAUGUGUUACUACAGGUUGCCUUUAAAGCAUCAUGAUUAUUAGUCAUAAGGUGAGGUAUAUUUUCGGACAUAAUUGAAGUUUAAUGAACAGGUCUUUUUAUUUCCUGUAGCAUUAGGAAAUUCGGUUACGCGUGUAUUAUAACCUACGUACUUUUACUGUGGCAUCACGGUACACAGACAGUGUGAAAAAGAAUUAGAGAAUAGGCUGGAUGUCCAAUUGUUUGAAUCUUUAAACCUUUUCGCUUACUAUUAGAGUGCCAAGGUUUCGAUUUCAAUAUCCCCGCCUCACAUGUUUCGACAUCCCUCACAUUCAGAAUUGCAAUUUUAAUAAAGAUUAUAUAAAUGACUUUAUUGAGUAUAGCAACAAUGAAAUCCAUAAGCAUACCAUAAUUUAAAUCUUUUUGGAGAGACAAUUCAUGGUCCUCAAAAACUAAGGGAAA